AAAGCAAGAGUUCUUUUGUUGAAAGAAAGGGCACACACGAUUCAACUGAAAGAAAAACUACACCCGAUCCAGGAGCUGAAAGAAAAGCUACGCCCGAGAGAAAAGAAAGAUCCAGCAAGACCACUGAUAAACCCACCAAAGGCGACAAUUCACCCGCUAAAAUCAAGUCUGAUUAUACCAACAAAAAGGAUGCUCAAAAUAAGCCCGAGGAAGGAAAGACGGAUAAACCAGAGCGUAGAGAACGAAAGCGUAAAGAAAAACCACGCAAAGUGACAGCUAUCGAACGUCGACCCUCUUCGGACCCUAUGAUGGAACAGCCUCUACCUGAUCAACCUGCCCUUGUACAACAACCUCCUUCAGAAGAACCACAAUCUGUUCAACAACAAGCCAUGGUAGAACCUACAACUGGAGCGGAAACAAAACCUAAGCAGAAAAAGCGUAGAGAAAAGGCACGUCGUAAAAAAGCGCCCUUGAACAAUGCAACGGCAGUAGAAGAUGCCAAUGUGUCUGCACCUUCGGAACAACAUGUAUCUUCAGAUCAACCUGUGUCUUCAGACCAACCUGCAUCUUCAGACCAAACUGCAUCUUCAGACCAACACGUAUCUUUGGAACAACCUGCGUCCUUGGAUCAGCCUGCGUCUUUGGAGCAACCAUCGAAUAUCCCAGCAACAGAUCCCGAGUUAAAACCACGCAGGGAGAAAAAGAAAAAACCUACCAAAAAGAAGAAGGUCAAGCCAGAGACAGAAGAACCCCUUGAAACAAUAACAUCCGAUACAACUAGUUUACCAUCCGAUAAACAAAAGCAACGUUCUAAAAAGAAGAAACCUUUGGAACCCGUCGAGAAAAAGCAGGAAGAGAAACCUAAUACUGAUCAUCCUCUUGUGGUUCAAGAUACUUCACCUUUACCACCUCCCCCUCUUCCAUCACCACCAUUAAAGGCUUUAGCAUCUUCAUUCCCAACACCACCGUCACCACCACGACCACCACAACAGCAACAACAGGUUGUAGCAUUACCACCGCCCACUACUGCUACAACAACAACGACAGCAGCAACGGCACCUGUGAUGGAAAUGUUUAAUAAUUACGAGUAUUAUCCUCAGCAACAACAGCACCAGCAACAACAACAUUAUGAUGAGUAUUAUUAUCAACAAGCGUAUACACCUGAUUAUGGUAUGAUGGUACCGAUGGUGGAUCCAAAUACUGGAUUAACAGUGUAUGGAUAUGGUCAACAGCCCUAUGUUCAACCUGUUUAUUAUAUGCCUAAUGAACCCCUUCAACAGCAACAACAACCUUAUUACAAUCAUCAACAGUAUUAUACCGCGGAUUAUUAUCAUCCAUACCCAUACGCUACAACAACACGAGGCCGUGGACGUGGCUCUUCUUCACGCGGCGGCGGCGGCAAUAUUAGCAGCGGCGGUGGAGGUCGAGGACGCGGUUAAAAAAAGAGAGAGAGAAUGAAGUAAUUUUUAUUUUUUUAUUCUAAUAAACGUUUUUGAUCCUCAUCUUCUUCUUCGUGCUGAGAAGAAGUAGGGUCUACCCAGACAUGCCAAAUAAUCGUACUAAUACCUACUAAUGUUGCAAUAAUACAACCCAAAAUCAAAGGAUUUUUAAUAGGACGAACACCAUCGGGUGCGCCCUCUAAAUCUAAGCCCUUUUUACCGGCAGCGUUGCCUUUGGCUGGUAAUCCGGAUAAAGUACAGAUGUCAUACAUGAUAUCAGGCAAGGCCUCGAAUUGUUGACGGGCCAAUUUGGGUGCGGUGAUAAAGGUGGCUGCUAAACCUGCAGGUAAAUGCCAAUCGACGUGACAAUGGAAAAACCAGACGCCAGGGUUAUUGGCUCUGAAACGAAGCACGACAUAGCCUUCGGGAGUGACGACAAUGGUA